GCAGUGUUAGGUCGUUGUAGAAUUCUGUAGCGAGAAAAAGCUUUUGUUGCACUAUUUGUGUUGCCCAGUUUUAGUCGCGUGUCAUAUAAGAAUAUAUGUACACGAAUCUAUAAACAUUUAACUACUUUUUUAAUAUCAAUGGUAUGUGACUUAUUUCUUUAGCAGUGCAGUUAAACAUGUUUUUAUAAACAGUUACUGUUCAUAAGAAAGCUCUUAUAGAAAACGAAAAGUAUUAGAUCAAAAUAUUACGAUGCUGUGGCUUUUUCUUGCAGUUAUUCUGCUUUGUCCUGCAGCAACGUUUCAGUUACGCGAAUAUUCGACAAUUAUACAUCGUUCUUCUGAAAAGACAAUUCAUUCCACAACGAGAAAGCAAAACCUAACGCUAAACUACAAAGUGUGUUUGAAUUGGAAGCCUUACCAUAUUAAGGUAACAGCAAAUCCCAAAGACACUUUACGAGUGGAGAAGUUUAACGCUACUGUUGUAAAAAUCAAUUUCUACAACGCUGUCUUGGAACUGGAACGAAUCGAUCAAGACUCAGGAUGGGGGAAAAUACUCUUCACUGUGCAGUGGUCGAUAUACCAUAUUUCAGAUUACAUAACUUCAACCGCGACAGUACAAUACCGUGUGGACUACGACACGGACUUGAACAUAUCAGAAACAUCCAAUGUAUUAGCGGUUUAUGGUCAAGGUUUAUCAUCGUUACCAGCAUCACAAAACAACCCUCAAUUGCAACCACGUCUGUCACAAGAAAGACAAAACGGUCACAGGUUUUUGGUGUUUGAUAAAAAUUCCAACUGUUUGGUUACCGACCUUGAUCUGAAUCGUAAACGAGGAGCGAACGACCUCUUUACUGUGUUUAUAGUUUAUCGACUUACGAGUUACACAGCAGAUGUUCUAACACCUUGGCGAGGGCUGUUUGGAAAUGACAACGGAGGUUGGGAUAAAUUUGUUGGGAUCAACGCCGGUGUAUUGCAUUUAUCAGGCACAGUCGGAGCUGUACAAAUUGGUUUGACCUUAAACAACGCUAACCCAAGAGCACUUGAUGUAUGGAAUGUGAUCAGUAUCCAGUGGAAUGCGGAUGGUGGUGCCGAUGCAAGCAGUGCGUGGUGCAACGGGAAGUUACUUCAAAGAUUUCAAGCCAGUUCCACUAAAGCGGAUACAAGUUUUGCUAUCGGUGCUAUCGACAUUACGGGAAGAGCCUUCUUUCACGGAGCGAUUGGUGAAUUUGUGCUUUUUAAAAACAACGUCAUCACCGAUGACGUAAUGAAGAAGUAUCACUUACACUUCAUUGAGAAAUGGGGAAUCACAGCUGAUCCAAUCGCAACGUAA